AAUUUAGACCAAAUUAGAAACAAACUUUGCCUCAGUUGCUCUCGCAGGUAUUUAAGAGCGACGUCGUCGUUCCAGCAGCUUACCGCUCGCCCGGCCAAUGAGCAUCAGCGACACCGGUCCACCUGACGGAGAUCGUUAGGAGGAUAACAGGCUGGCCGUGAUUCAGACUUUCCUUCAGACGGUCAGAGGAGCAUCAGCCGGGCGAAAGUCUCCAGAAACAAAGCGCGACGUCUGAACCGAGUUUCUACCACAACUAACAGCUGACAGACCAAGAUGAACCUGCAGAAGCUCCCCGCCACCUUGUCCCUCUGUCUGCUGCUGCUCUGCGCCCUGCUGCCCAGCUCUGAGGCGCGUCGCGGCCGCGGAGGCGGUGGCUUCGGUCGGGGCGUAGGAGGAGGAGUCGGUGGCGGCGGCUACAGCCGUGGAUGGGGCGGUCAGUCCUACAGACCUGCACCUGUCCAGGUCCAGAGAAGUGGUCCGAGUGCGGGGAAAGUAGCCGGAGCGGCAGCUGCAGGCGCAAUAGGAGGAGCGAUGAUUGGGUCAGCCCUGAGCCGUCCCGGGUAUGGAUACGGGUACGGAGGGUAUGGAGGUUAUGGGGGAUAUGGCGGUUAUGGUGGAUACGGGGGUUAUGGACCGGGGUAUGGCUCCCCUCAGUUCGGAGGCGGCUACCGUCCAAGGCCCGGCUAUGAGCCUGAGGGUUCUGGAGACAUGGAGUACUACGCUGCAGCGUCCAGUGGGCCCAUCUACAACAGCAUAGUGGUCGUGAUUGGCUUUAUAACUUCCCUGAUGCUGGGAAACUGGGUGGCUGCCAUGUAGAGCUGGAGGCCAAGCUGAGAUCCAAACAAAAAUAAAUCAACAAAUUCAUCCUGAGAAUAAAGAGGAACGUCUUAAAAACUAAUCUCCAGCCCUUGAAGAUCGUCAUCAGGGUCCCUGAUUCAUCCAACAGGACGUCAUCCAUCAGAAUGAGAAAGAAAUCCUCUUCAGCAUCUCUGAACCCAUUUUAUUUAUGAACUGUUGCCACUGCAUCCCACUGCAGCUGCGCUUCCAUUGACCACAUAAUGGCACAACUUGACAUUUUGAAAAUAAAUUUACUAAAAGGAAAGACGACAAUUUAUGUUUCAGCGCUAAGAUGAAGUGGGUAAUUUUGGCCAUGUUUUAACAAAACUGCAACGGAAAAAACAACCAGAUAUUGCGACAGGCGAAAACCACGAAGAAGACAACAGGAAGUA